GCGUUUGUCUCUGCGGCAGCGCUGCUGUAGCCCGUAGCCAGCCGUGUGUGUAGUUUUCAUUUUGAUGCGGGUCUUGCCGACCUGCCCAGUUUUUGCGUACAAAUGGCAGCGAGCGAUACAAAUACGGAAGACUCACUCUAUCCAAUCGCGGUAUUAAUCGACGAACUAAGGAAUGAAGAUGUCCAGUUGCGUCUUAACAGCAUCAAGAAGCUGUCUACUAUUGCGUUGGCCCUUGGUGUGGAGCGAACUCGCAGCGAGUUGAUCCCUUUCCUCACUGACACCAUCUACGAUGAAGAUGAGGUGCUUCUGGCGCUUGCUGAGCAGCUGGGCAACUUCACACCACUGGUUGGUGGCCCUGAGUUUGUCCAUUGCCUUCUGCCCCCUCUUGAGAGCCUGGCCACCGUGGAGGAGACGGUGGUGCGAGACAAGGCGGUCGAGUCUCUGCGUGCCAUCUCGCAGCAGCAUAGCGCGGCAGACCUGGAGCAGUAUUUUGUGCCCUUGGUGAAGCGGCUCGCCUCGGGUGAUUGGUUCACGUCGCGCACGUCAGCGUGCGGCCUGUUCGCCGUCUGUUAUCCGCGCGUGUCGCCAAACGUCAAAGCUGAGCUGCGCAGCCACUUCCGCAACCUGUGCCAGGACGACACGCCCAUGGUGCGGCGCGCGGCCGCCUCCAAGCUGGGCGAACUGGCUCAGGUCGUCGAGCCUGAGUGGCUCAAAGGAGACCUGGUUGCCAUGUGGGGCUACCUUGCCCAAGAUGAGCAGGACAGCGUGCGGCUGCUGGCUGUAGAAGCUUGCGUGUCACUGGCUGGCCUCCUGCCACGAGAAGAUCUGGAACCGCUGUUGCUGCCAACCUUGCGUCAGGCGGCUGAAGACAAAAGCUGGCGGGUUCGCUACAUGGUAGCGGACCGCUUCACCGACCUGCAGAAGGCCCUUGGCCCUGAAGUGACGCGUGCCGAUCUGGUCCUAGCCUUCCAGAACCUGCUCAAGGACUGUGAGGCCGAAGUGAGGGCAGCUGCUGCCCACAAGGUCAAGGACUUCUGCCAGAAUUUGCCCCCCGAAGUGCAGGAACAGGUGAUCAUGAGCAACAUCCUGCCCUGUGUCAAGGACCUCGUCUCUGAUCCUAAUCAGCACGUCAAGUCUGCCCUCGCCUCUGUCAUCAUGGGCCUCUCUCCAAUCCUGGGCAAGCAGAACACCGUGGAGCACCUCCUCCCGCUGUUCCUUUCACAGCUGAAGGACGAGUGUCCAGAAGUUCGACUCAACAUCAUCUCCAACCUAGACUGCGUCAACGAGGUCAUCGGCAUCCAACAGCUCUCGCAGUCAUUGCUACCGGCCAUCGUCGAGCUUGCCGAGGACUCCAAGUGGCGCGUGCGGCUUGCUAUCAUCGAGUACAUGCCGCUGCUGGCGGGCCAGCUGGGUGUGGAGUUCUUUGAUGAGAAGCUUAAUGCACUCUGCAUGACGUGGUUGGUGGACCACGUGUUCGCCAUACGCGAGGCUGCCACGCAAAAUCUGCGCAAGCUGGUCGACAAGUUUGGCAAGGACUGGGCACAGGCCACGGUCAUCCCAAAAGUACUGACCAUGUCACGAGACCAGAACUAUCUUCACCGCAUGACCUGCCUCUUUUGCAUCAACGUGCUGGCUGAAGCGUGUGGCGGCGAGGUCACCAGCCGCCUGAUGCUUGCUACUGUGCUCGGUCUUGCCAGCGACUCUGUUGCCAACGUCCGCUUCAAUGUUGCCAAGACACUGCAGCGCAUCGCACCCCUACUGGACCCACCGACACUGCAAGGCCAAGUAAAGCCCUGCUUGGAGAAGCUGAACACCGAUCCCGACGUUGAUGUUCGGUACUUUUCAUCUGAAGCCCUGUCAGCAGUGAAAGAAGGUGGACAACAGACCCAAAGUGGUGCCGUGAACCCGCAGCCGGCCGCAACUUCACCCACUCCCGUUGUAGCCAGUAAAAAUUAAAAGUUUCGACUUGCAGCACGUGUACGCAUACACACACACUCGAGUUACCAGUGGCAAUCUGAUGCUGCCCUGCUGGCCAGAGCACUGCAGCCUGUUUUAAUGGCAUGAGUGAGGACCUCUCUUUGGAAGGGCAACAAGCAGAGGGAGGGAAGGUGUCUCAGGAGUUUUCGUCAUUGAGCUUGUGACGUGGUCGUUGUAAACUAGUAAAAGAAAAAAAAAUGCUUACAAGGCUGUGCUCCUUGUUUGCUUUAUUUUACUUUCUUGUCUGCACCUGUGAACAAGGAGCUCACUAGAAGACAAGUCUCGGAAACAUUAACGAAACGUGAUGUGUGGUUGUUUCGAAGUUUUUAUUGAGCUUGUGGCGCAAUCAUUAAAGGACUACUACGUACUUGCAGUGUUGCAUUUGUUUUCGCACAUUUGAAGUGAAAAGUAUAACUGAAGUUCCAAGGGGCACGAAGGGAAACUGUGUGUUACCUACAGCAGGUGAUUCACAGUUUCAUACAACACAUACCAAAUUAUCAAGCAACACAUUAAGUUUAUUGCAUUAUCAAAUUCAAGGUUAAAGAAAAAGGCAAAGAAAUGUGAAUGCAAGUAUACUGCUAAGAAACCCUGCCGUUAUUGGUAUUCAAAUUUUGUUAGUGUGCAAUAAUUGGUGCUGCUUCACCAUUACAGAAUAAAUUCACUGCUAUAUAAAGCAACUAACUUGCCUAUAGUAUUUAUUUUAGGAAAACAUGAAUGGAUACAAUUUGUAAUUAAAAUAUUGUUCAAAUAUUGCGAUGGCUACUAUAGAAUUCAUGUUUGGUUUCCGAUAUUGAAAGUAUUGUGAGCAUUA